UUCACACCGGCCGAAAUAAUUUCCUUCUCCAAACUUCUCAACACCCAUAACUCACGCCUUGCCACUAUGGCUGGCCAAAAGCGAACUCGUAGCGGUGAACCCAAACCUAAAAGCAACCCCGAAGAGCAACAGCCACAAGACACCCCACCCUGCGGCCAAGCGCAACCAUCCUGCAGCAAAACCACCAACUCAAAAACCUCAAAGGAUAAUACAACGAACGAUGCAGACUCGACCAAGCCAUGGGAACCCCGAAUAAAAGCCGGACCAUGGAACACAUAUGUCCCUUCAUUCCACGGCCCCAUCAAUCCCUUCCGCCGAGAUCCCAAUGCCCCAGUCCCCACAUACGAGGAACGGGUGAAGAGGGACGCAGAAUUGAAACGCGCGUACCAUGAGCGUAGAAACAAGAAAGACAAGAACAAGCGACCUCAACUGCCCCCGAACGCUACAAUCUCCAAACGCCCGCUCCUGCACCCCGCGAUCCCAACACCCUUCGCCUCUGCAGAAAGUCCAAAGGUGCUGUACAUAACCGCCUCCUCGCCAUUUAUACCCACGUGUAAACGGAUUCGGUCUCUGCUUGUUCAGAUAAGCAAAAGGGAAGCACAGUCUGCUGCCUCGGUCGGGCGCGGGAAAGCCAGAAGUCAAAGGAGAGGGAAAGGGUUAGAAGCGAACGGCCGGCUCUCAGCCGCGGACGUCGAAGCCUCGAUAUCCGCUGCCGCUGCUCAAGGAUCAGGAAAGAGUCGAAGCGUGGGCGGAGAGGAAGUCUACUUGAAAGCAACGGGGCGCGCGAUACCGCGGGCGCUGGAGCUGGGAGUGAAGUUUCAGGGGGAGGAGGAUUGUAGAGUGAGGGUUGAGAUGGGGAGUGUGAAAGCUAUUGAUGAUGUAGAGAUCAAGGAGGAUGCGGAAGGGGAGGGGCUAGUGGCGGGGGAGGGAAAGGGAGAUAAAGGGAAGGAAGAGGAAAUACCAGAGACGAGGAUACGGACACUGAGUACGGUGACGGUGUGUAUUGGGCUCAAGUAGUUUCCUCGCGCUUUGGUUUCAUUCCGACAGUACGAUGCGAAGAUACCCCACGUGAAAUUCAGACAACCGAAGCGCAGCGUCAGUGUGAAAAGGUCGAAUAUGUAUCAUUGAAGGUCCCAAAUCCCCAACUCGUACCAACCUAACAGCUCAGCCAUAACAGGCCCGCUCCUUACCUUCCACUCUCGUUCUUGUUGUCAUCCAAGACCCAAGCUAGAUAAUUCAUAAUGCUA